AUGAGGUCUCGCAAUUUCUUCGCUAAGGCCGCUUGCUUCGUUCCCUUUCUCAUAGCCGCCUACUACAUCAGACGUCAAUAUGCCUUCCAACGCAUCAUACCUUCCCUCUACGUAUCUUUUUCUGACUUUCCAGAAACAUACACAGCCUUACUGAACGAGUCUCGCACCGAUGGUGACGGGCUCAUGAAUUUCGAUUACAACGCCACUUUUCUCAACCUACAGAUUCCGCGCAUCAUUCACUUCAUCUACUUCACAGACCUUUACCACCGUCGCGACGGUACCCCCUCACUAUCCGCAACAGAUCGCUCUCACGCUCCCGAUCUGUGCCGCAAGUUCAAUCCUGACUUCGAGAUACGGAUCUGGAACGAGACCGAUGCCCAUGAUCUCAUUGCGACGGAGUAUUCAUGGUUCCUACCCACAUACGAGACAUACAAACACCCGAUACAACGGGUCGAUGCACUCAAAUACUUUGCGCUGUACCACUUCGGUGGCAUUUACAUGGACUUGGAUAUUGCGUGUCGGCGACCGCUUGAGCCGCUGCUACAAUUUCCAGCCUGGUUCCCUGAGGCAAGUCCGUUGGGUGUGAACAACGAUUUGAUGGCGAGUGCACCACAGCACCCAAUACUGCUGGAGAUGACUCGCGCACUGCCUCGAAGGAACCAAAACUUGCUGUUUCCGUACUUGACUAUCUUCUGGAGCACAGGUCCUCAGUUCGCCAGUGACUUACUGCGCGGGUGGUGGUGGAAGCAUGGAGUAAGACAAACUGGCAGUGAUAUGCCGAGCUUCCGUAUCCUACCGCAAAUCUUCUACUCAGAGGAGUUCACCUUCUUCGGACACAGCCCUGGCGGUACAUGGCAUGGUGGCGACGUUGCUGUUGUGCUGUGGUGCGUAGAAAGACCUUGGGUCGUUCUGGGUUUUCUCGCGAGCUGUAUAGUAUUUGCGUUGGGCAUCGCGAAUGGGUUGAAGCGAAGACGAAGGAAAUAUCAAUCUCUUGAUGCUGAUUGCGUGUGCCAUGAGGCUUGA